AUGGCAGUUAAACUCGAGAGAUUUCUCAACACAACUGGUUUCUUCUUCUUCGCCCUCAUCCUCUUCUGCCUUGUCGUCCUCACCCCGGCGGACGCGAUAUACCAAUGCUACGAGACAAACCGACUCACUAAUGUCUUUUUCAUCAUCGGCGCAUAUGUAAUAACCUUUAUAAUUGCAGUCCUCAUCUAUGCGACUCGCAUCUAUACGAAUCGAAGUACACUCACGGGAAUACCGAAGGCUUGGAUCCCUGUGGAAAAGGAAGAUGUGAGCAAGAGCGUCAGACGGCUGGUGAAGGAAGGCCUUGCUCGUAGCGCCAUCAUCACAUACCAAGCUCGCCCACGCGAUAUCACGACUGACGAGGACAACUUCCAACAUUACAAACCGCUUCUCAUUGACCACGAAAACCCCCCAUGGGGUCAUAUCGAGCACCCUGGCUGGUCUUCACCUGCCUCGCCAGAUCUGCCCGAUCUGCCCUAUCGCACAGUCAUACAGGAGCUUCCGAGCUUAAUUGAAGCCAAAGCUGUGUCUCUUGCCCCUGCUGAUUCAUUAUCGCUUGGGCCCCCUGACCCCUUCGGUCCUCCGGGCGACUUUACGACGCACUCUCUCCCAGAUACACGCGUGGUAGAAGUCCUGCAACGCCCAGCUUCGAUGGGUCUAAGGGAAUAUAUUCGACAUUUGACAACGCUAGGAGCUAUCUACCCGCCAGAGCUAGGCGUGGACUUUCUCGCGCUGUACGAACGAGCUCGGUUCUCAUCACACAAUCUGCAUGAGGCAGAGUUUCGUGACCUCAUGCAUCUCUUCGCGGAGAUUCUGAGGGGAAUGACCUCGCUUGCACCACCUAUACUGGAUGAAAUCCGCGAUAGUGCGGGCUACGGACGAGCCUACAGUGCGUCUUUUAUGGGUACCUCUGACGAAGAGGGAAGAACGACAGAUACUGCGGAGAACUAUGGUUACGACGGUGCUUUCGGGCCCAUGCCGAGUAAUAGCCCUCGCCCAUCGAAUUCCUCGUCCUGGGAGACCCAGUCUGGCUAUGACACUGCACCGUCAUUACAGAGUGGUCUAUAUGAGGCGUCCACUGACAGUGACUCCUUUGCGGCGCGAAGCUCUCUUCGCACGCCUUCUACGAGGUCUCUCCGACGCAUGGCAUCAGGUCAAUCUUCCUCGGGAGGAAGUGUCAUUCGCUUGGCCCAACCACAAGAUCGGACAGAUCUGCCGUACACAAUUGACUACGCUGGACGUAGGCAAUGA